AAAAAUAGAAAAAUCCAAAAGUUAUACAGAUAAUACAAAAAGAAAAGGAGAAAAAAAAAAUAAUACAUAAGCACAUGACAUGUGCUUGCUUACACACUCCAUGCAAAGAGAGAUCCUUUAAUUCUUCCGCAAACUUCUCUUACACUAACAAAGCAUCACUUUUCCAAAUAUAGAUUGCGCCUUUGCCUCUCUUUUAUAUCAGAAAGAAGCUUCGUCGUCUUCGGAUCUCGCAUCUUUCUUUUUUUUUUUCCGUUUUGGUAGUUUAAUUCUGAUAAAACCUGACUCAAGACAUAACUCAGAGAAGGAGUUUAAAGACAAUGUCAGAAAGAUCAGAAGACGACACAAACAGAGUCAGAUCCUCGAAGGUCAUCGUCAAAGAGAGCUCGCAGGUCAAUUCAUCGUCAAGAAUCUAUUACUACGGCGGAGCUUCCGUGCCGUUUCUAUGGGAGACACGGCCAGGCACUCCAAAACACUCUCUUUUCUCGGAAUCGUUUCGUCUUCCGCCAUUAACGCCGCCUCCGUCGUAUUACUCCUCCUCCUCUUCUUCUUCCGGGAACAAACUGAGCAAAGUUAGAGCGAAACAAACUCGAUUCGUGAAGACUCUGUUCAACGGAAAGCAUCACGUGUCGCGUCCUUCGUUUUCUUGGUCUUCUUCGACGUCUUCAUCUUCUUCUUCCUCUUCCUCGUCUCCUCGGUCUAAAACAGAGAAUCGUCCUAAAAAAUGUUACCUUUCUUGCUCGAGAUCGUACGUUAAGGACGACGAUGCGGAGGAGACUAUUGGGUCGUCGUCUCCGACGUCAACGUUGUGUUAUAAAAGAGGGUUUAGUUCAUCAAUGGGGAGUAUGAAGAGAGCUUUGUGUUCUGUUCUUAGCCAUGGAUCUAGUCGUAAAGAUCUUAGAUUGAUUUAAAUGGUUUUUCCCUUGUUGUUCUUAUAUCGGUUGUUGUUACAAAAUAGGAUCUUGAUAUUAAGAUUCUUUUUACCUUUUUAAUGUUUUGGCUUUUGCCUUUUUGAACACGAUAUUAGUUACAGGAUCAAGAUUGGCGAGUACAAGUUUUGCAAGCUUCCUCAGGUAAACAUUACAUGGGUGAAUGGCCAUAUUAGUGAUGUCUACCUGUAGAAGCUUGCCAAAUUUAUACUCGCCAUCUCGUUCUUAAAACUAAAGGAUGAGGCAAAAUGAUCUUGGAAUUCACCAUCUUGUUUUUAAAUUUGAUUGUGUUCAAUGCUUUGAAAACAAAAGUUAUCAUGUUUUGAUCUUAUUGAUGGUUGUUUGUUGUGAUGAUUUUGUUGAUUUUUUUGUUAUGUAAUUUGAAUGAAUCCUUUCAUGAUCGAU